AUGCCCAAAAAAAUAAUACUAUGCUUCGAUGGAACAAAAGAAAACUUUGGUCCACAACCUUUCAGUAACGUACUAAAAAUAUACAGAUUAUUGAACCAAGCAAAUCCAGAUCAAUUAUGUUACUAUCAACCCGGUAUUGGAACACAAGCUGAUUUCGAUUUCGUUGAAGAUAUAAGAAGAAGAUUCACAAUCUCAACUUUGAAAAAUGUCCUCGAUGCCACUUUCGCAUUCUCAAUUACAGAUCAUAUCGUUUCCGCAUAUCUCUAUCUAAUGAAACAUUAUGAACAAGGUGAUUCCAUCUACAUGUUUGGCUUCUCCCGCGGCGCAUUUAUUGCAAGAGUCCUAGCAGGCAUGUUGGAAAGAGUAGGGCUAUUAAAUGUCGGUUUAGAAGAUAUGGUCAAAAUGGCAUGGAGAAUUUAUGAAUCAUGGGAAUUUGCUGAACAACCAAGUCAACCAAAUUAUACAAGCACUUUAAUUGAAGAAUUUAGAAAAAUUUUUUGCAGAGAUUAUGAAAUUAAAAUAUUUUUCCAAGGUUUAUUUGAUUCAGUAAAUUCAGUGGGAAUACUAAGAGAUCGACUAUUCCCAUGUACUCAAAGAAGCAAUAUUGUGGAUCAUGUGAGACACGCCUUAUCAAUAGACGAAAGACGUGGAAAAUUUAAACAAUUUUGUUUCACUCCAAAUCCAUAUGCCCCACAAUUGUUCUCUCUCACUUAUAAAGCUUACGAAUUGGAAAGUUUCCCCAGGGAAAUACUACAAGAAUGGACUUCAUCCAGUUCAAGUUCAAGUGCCACUACAAAUGAUAGAUUAUAUAACAGCGCUUUUCUCAUCGAAAAUUCAGAGUUUCAAAUGAGUCCAAAAUCUGUUAGAAGUGAACCAACUUAUCAGCAUGAAAGACAGAAACCUAAUCUAUCAAUUUGGAACGCUGUAUUUCGUAAGAAAAGUGAUAAUAAUUCGAAUUUGAUUAUAGGAGAAAUCAAUGAAUAUCUAACAACAAAAACCCAUAGAAAGAUUGCGGUUUGCUCUCAUACAAGCAUUGAAGGAACUUUCAGAGUGCAACCGGCUUCUUUGAAGAGUUUGGGCUCAACGUCAAAUGACCUCAUUGAAAAAUGGUUUCCUGGUGAUCAUUCGGAUGUUGGUGGAGGUUGGGCUCCAGAUUGUGAAGCUAAACAGAGUGUCUCUGAUAUCUCGCUGCGAUGGAUUAUUGCUGAAUCUGUCAAACAUGGUGUUGAAUUUAAGAGAGGUAUAAUUCAUGAUUUCGAUAAAAGACAUAGUUCACUUGGCGCAUUAUUUGCAUCGACUCAUGACUACUUGAAAGUUGAUGAAAAUCAUGACAUUGAUUCUAUAGGACGUGUUAUUGGAGAGAAAAACGCCAAUUUGGAGUGCCAACUGCUCAAGUUGAUAGAAGCAAAUAAUUCUAAAGAUGCUAGUCAAGAAAUUGAUAUUGAUUACAGAUGUGGUCAGUUAAACAGAUUUAUGUCCUAUAUAUGGUGGUUAUUGGAAUUUUUGCCAAUUGGUAUAAGAAUUGAAAAUAAAGAGGGCAAGUGGCGCAACGUCUAUGUACCAAACUUUGGAAGGCCAAGAUAUAUUCCUCAAUAUGGUGACAUGCAUUGGUCUGUUUAUUGGAGGAUUAAAUAUAUUGAUCAGUAUAGACCAAAUAAUUUACCAAGAUACGUUCGAAAACUAAUUGACCAAUUUUUCCAUGUAAAGUUGAGGCAAGCCAGUUGUAACGUUACGACAACAAAAAUUCAAACAAAAAAUGAAGAUGUAUUGCCAUAUUUCCACAAUUCAUUGCGAACAAUUAAUGAAUACAGUAAUAUGUGUAGUCCGAAUGAAUACACUUAUGAUGCUGUUAUUGAACUCAAAUUUCAUCAACAACAAUCAAAUAUUUUAUUGUGGGAGAAAAGUGGCUGGAGUGAAGUACCCGACGAUUUGGCACAUUUGUUAGCCGCAAAUCCAGACUUAUAA